AUGAACCAUGCGCCCGCCUCGUCGCUCUCGACCGACAAUGCCACCAGGAGAGAGCGCGUCCAGCGCAACAAGGCCACCUUCAACAAGAAGAGAGACGCCUUCCUACAAGACCUGGUUCGCAAUCUCGAUCUCUUGAUCUAUGCACAGCUAUCCACCGUCUAUUACAUGGACUGCUCCUUCACACGCUUCCUCGUGCGCGCCGUCAUCCAGUUCAUGUUCCUGACCCCCAAGCCUGCCUUUCUUCCUGAGCCACCCCAUCCCAGGCCAUAUCUUGGUGCCAUCGUUGGCUCAAACUUCUUGAUCAUCCUUCUACAUAUUCUCCUUGUCCGUCCCGAGGCUGGCGAGGCCACCAGAGGUUAUCUCCAUGGCGGCCUGGCUAUGGACUUUAUCGGCCAGAAAGGGCCUACCUCAAAGUUCCAUCUGGUACUCCUGGACAUCUUGAUACUGCUCAUGCAGCUCAUCCAUCUGGCCGCGACUGUCACCCGUCAGAGAGUCAAACAACAGGCAUCUACCACAACCACUCCUCCAACUGCCGUUCAAAACCACGACUUCGAGGAGCGAGGUCAACACAGAUCCGAUCAUCAGCCUGUCGACCAAGAACUGCAUUCGCUCAACCCCAACAACGACCAGCCCGAAGAAGCCGAGUCUAACACUCAGCCAGACGAAGAAGCCGACGAGAGACAGGCUUUGCUGGCCUCGACUGCGCCUCGCACAGACUCGUACAUCUUCGACGCCUUCAACAGCGGUGAGAUUAUGAUUGCGGAUCUGAACCUCUUCGACGUGAUCAAAACACAGCUCAAGGAGAUGCGUGACCCCGUUCAAACGACGGGCACGGCUCCCUCUACGGCAGGUGGUCUACGUGCGAGACUAGCAGACCGUAGUGCCUUCUUCCGCAUGCGUGUCGGUGAUCGUAUUUUCAAUGUCUAG